AUGAAUUCUAUUGGUAAAGCCUUCCACAAGAACAAGAAGGACUCAGUGAUAUCCAAGGCCAAGCCCAGCCAGAGACUUGUCAUUGAGGAAGACCCUGCACCAACUCAUCACCCCUUCGAGGUGUCAGCUAUUCGUGACCUCAUUGGACGGACUUUCGAGACUCCCAAACGCAUCACUCGCCCCGUCAGCAACACCGCGGUUAGAGAUGCUGGCCUGUUAUCAGCAAAGGCAUCGAAUAGCUCAUCUUCAGAGACCGACUACGAUGAAGCCAGCUCCGCCUUCUUCAACGAAUUGCAAGAUGAACCGCAAGCCGAAUUUCCAGAGCUUGCCAGCAGUUCUUUGGAAUCCUCUCCAGACACAAUAAUUGGUCGAGAAGGUGCUUCUCUAUUGGAGAUGGUGCGCGACAGAGACGACCGGCUGCGUAUGCUGCGUCACUGCAACAAUGGGCAGCAGAGGGAGCUCCAGAGAGCUCGCAAGCUUGUGAAGUUCUACAUUGAGAAGGAUGAAAACCUUGUCGCGGAAACUCUAUCAUGGCAGGAGAGCACCGACAAAGCUCUUGGACUGGUGACGAAAUCUCCAGAGAAGCUCCGUGUAGAAAUUGCCAGGUCUGCGGAACUGCAAAGCGACUUGAACACGGCUCUCAAACAAGGCAAGGCGGCGAAGGACGACGAGGCAAUGGCAAGAGAGCUAUACGACGCUCUCUUGGCCGAGAAGGUGAAAGACUCUACAGCUCUUGCAGGUGCUCUAGAGAUCACUGGGGCCCUCAUUCAGGAGAAGGAAUCCUUGCGACAGUUUCUGAUGAGAGAGAUUCAGCUGGCUCUUGUGCAGUCCCAGAGAAACCAUGGACUAGAGCGGGAUCGUUACAUCAAGGCUUUCGAUCUCGCGCAGCACCACAAAAAAGAUUCUGAGAUGCUGCGUGAAGAUAUUCAAUUGCUUCGUGAGCAGGUCGAACAACUGCAACAGGCUGACAGCAGCGCCGAUCUCGCUCAAGAGCAUGCCUCUGCCGUCAAGGACCUCUUCGCCAUGUUGAAGCUUGCAUCUUCCAAUCAGACAAUCACCGACGCCGUCGAGGUGCUAAUCAACAAAAUGACUGAAGCCAAAACCUCAGCUGAGAUGUUGGGGUCGUUGAUGCGCGAAGUAUCCGAGCUAAAGGAGCAGGCGGUAUUGAAGCGGCGCCAGCACAAUGACAACAUUCUAGCGCUACGGACCGAAGUGGACGAGCAGAAGAAGGUGCUGCUGUCUCGUGAGUCUGGGGAUCUCAAGCAAGCUCUGGAGCUCAGUAGCGCCCGCGGAGAACUCGAUGAGGCCACCAGCAAAGUUUCAGGUCUCGUCGAGGAUUGA